AUGCUUGCAUAUGUCGUUCCAGAAAACUCACAGAAGACCAUUAAAUCCAGAAUCAACGCUUUCAAUAAGUCCGAUCCUCGAAAGCUUCAGAUUCAACCUUUGACGUGGGAAGAGCACUUCAGGCAAUUCGAUGAGGGCGAGCUAAUCAUUGGGUUGGGGUCUGAUGACGGCGAAGACUAUUAUGAAGACGAUGAACGACCUGAACCAUUUGUGAAGCGUCAGCGUCAGAACAAAACUCAAACACAAUCUAUCCGCAAGUCUUCGGAAACAACUCAUAAACAAGCUUUAUCACAAAUAAGUUUAUGUACAGACUACUUGCCACACAUAUCCAAAAGUGUGGCUGCGGCAGAUAACAUCUCGUGCGUACGGACUUGUGCUUCAGACGUUGGGUAUCCGAUACCGGUAUUCUUUCCGCAGUUUUCUAGUCGAAUUCCGGAUAUGUGCCCUCAAAAUUUGGCUGAGUGCUUAGAAACAGGCGGCGAUGACUACGACUUCUAAAAAUGAUCAGAUAUCGAGAAUAUCUUCUGAAUUGCUGGUGCGGACUUUUUGUUUCUUAGCUGUUGUAUAAUCGAGUUAUGAAACAGGUCGAUCUGUUAUAAACAUGUUAGAUUGAGAUGAGCAAAGAGAAAAGACAACAGGUUACGGACAUGUGGGUAAUGGAGUCAUG